GGAUGUUAUCAAAUAUCAUAAUAUCAUAAUAUCAUAAUAUGGAAUUACGUAAUUUCGUUACAAAUUUAGUUCGUCAAUUAGUUGUCACCAUGGCGUCCGAGUGGAAUGAUGAACUAGUGCUCACAUUUAUUGACGAAUUUAAAAACUAUCGAUGUUUGUGGGAUCCAAAAGAUACAGACCGCAAAUCGAAAAAUAAAAAAAAUGAUGCAUAUCAGAAAUUAGGCUUACAAUUUAAAAAACCAAAAGAAGAAAUACAUAAAAAAAUAAACAAUUUAAUCCAGAGUUACAGAGGAUAUCGACGAAAAAUAAAAACAACGAAAGUUUCUGGUGCUGGGAGAAAAGAUGUGUUUAAGCCAUCGUGGUUUGCAUUUGAUGCUAUACAUACAUUUAUGCAAGAUGUAUACACACCACACGGUACGGUAGAUACAAUGGGAGACAGUAUAGUGAAAGCAACGACGAACAUGAUAUCAGCGAUGAUCCAAACAAUGAUAGUUACAUUGAGAUCACGGAAGAUAAUGUCGACACCACCAAAGAAGACAAUAAUGAAAGACAAAAAAAUUUUGAUUGGUCGAGUGACACUACCAAUAUUGAAAAAAAUACAUUUAGUGCACCUGCAAUGGCAUCCCGAAAAAAAAAGAAAAAGCCGACAGAUGAAAAUGAAAUACGUGCGUCCCAGGCAUAUGAGUAUUUAAUGCAAAAACAAAAAGAGAGCCAAAAGAAAAUGGAGAAGGACGAAUAUGAUAUUUAUGGUGCUUUAGUAGCAACAAAACUCCGAAAAAUAGACGAAAUAACUCGUCAGUAUGUGAUGAAUGAAAUAGAUAAUUUGAUGUUUAGAGCAAUAAUUCAUGCAAAGCACCAGUCACAAAAAUCUACAACCACAUCCAUCUCAAAAUACCUCAUUAAAUUAUGUACAACAACCUUAUACAUUUCCAUCUCAAUUCCAAACAUUCAACUAUAUAAAACAACCAUUUAUAUCGCCAUCUCAAUGCUCAACGUUUAGUCACACAUCACAACCAUCUCCAUCCAAUUCCUCAACACCCAGUCGUUCAUCACAAGUAUCUCCACCACAAGCACCACUCAAUAACUCAACAGAGGCAUCAACAAAAGUAGUUCCAACAUUAAAUUAUGUACAACAGCCAUAUUCAUUGUCAUCUCAAAAUACAUCAAAAUUAAAUUGUGUACAACAACCAUUUCCUUCACCAUCUCAAAAUACAACGUUAAAUAAUUUACAAAAACCAUAUGCAUUGUCUUCUCAAAAUACUACAACAUUAAAUUAUGUACAACAACCAUUUCCUUCGCCAGCUCAAUACUCAAUGUCCAGUCAUUCAUCGAAGCCAUCAUCUCCAUCAAAUUCCUCAACUCCCAGUCGUCCAUCACUAAUAUCUCCACCACUCAACAACUCAACAGAGGCGUCAACUGAAGUUAUUGAAGGGACA